GCUCAGUCUUACCCCACAACACUUAUGCUGUAACAUGAUAUGUGAUGAAAUGUAAGUGGAGAGUAAUUCAUGUCACUUUUUAGUUUUAUAAAGCAAAGCAACAACAGCCGACUAUUUUCAUCUCAUGGCCAUUGGUCAUUCUUCUCUUACACUUGGGAUUACUGUGAUUCUGCCUGUUCUGCUUGGCCUUACAUCUUUGUUCCUUCAUCAGACGCAUAAUCAGGCCAAUAUACUCGUUGGCAAACAUGAAGGUAGGCCAAUUGACGGGUGCACAAUUUUGUGGAGUCACUGGAAGGAAAUGCGAGAGAAGAGCAUUCAAGAAAUGGGCUAAAGCUUUGGCAUUGGAAGAUGCAAUAAAUUCUCCUCAAGGCAGUAAUCUUGCGAUGAACAUUGGGAGGGGAUUGAUCUUCAAUAAUGUCAUAAAGUGUUGUGGGUCAAUCAGUAAAGAAGAAACUUCAGAUUAUGAUUUGAAUCUGUCAAGUUUGGAGGGGACGCUCAUUUCAAGCAAUCGAAGACCACUACACAAAGGAAACUUUGACUCAACAGGAUCUCCAUUGAAAAGUGAAUCAUUGCCUCAAAGUGUUCAAAUGGAGCUUAUAAUGCUUUCCAUACCAGCAAUUGCUGGACAAGCAAUUGAGCCAUUAGCACAACUGAUGGAAACAGCUUAUGUCGGUAGACUGGGGCCUUUGGAGUUGGCAUCAGCAGGUGUUUCCAUGUCAAUAUUCAAUAUCAUUUCAAAGGUUUUCAAUAUACCUCUCCUUAGUGUUGCGACUUCAUUUGUGGCUGAAGAUAUUUCAAGAAAUGCUAAUGAUUCUGGUUCAGAUGGUGGCGAUUCCAACAAUAUAAUUUCUGAAAGAAAGCUACUACCUUCAGUCUCUACAGCCUUACUUUUAGCCACUGGAAUUGGUUUAUUUGAGGCUUUAGCAAUGUAUUUGGGAUCUGGAGUAUUUCUCAAUAUGAUGGGCAUAUCAUCUGCUUCACCUAUGCGCGUUCCAGCAGAAAAAUUUCUCAAAAUUAGAGCAAUUGGUGCUCCUGCAGUUGUCCUUUAUCUGGCCAUUCAGGGCAUAUUCCGUGGGUUUAAAGAUACAAAGACUCCUGUCCUAUGUCUAGGAUUGGGAAAUUUAUCAGCUGUAUUCUUAUUUCCCAUAUUAAUGCAUUAUUUUCGUUUGGGUGUAACUGGUGCCGCCAUUUCAACUGUUGCAUCUCAAUACAUCGUUUCCUUUCUGAUGAUUUGGUAUCUUAACAAGAGGACAGUAUUAUCAUUACCCAGUGUUGAAGGUUUGGAUUUUGGUGGCUAUUUAAGAUCAGGUGGUUUUCUUCUUGGAAGAACUCUAGCUGCUGUCAUGACCAUAACCUUGAGUACAUCUAUGGCUGCUCGUCAGGGAGCAUUAGCCAUGGCAGCUCAUCAAAUAUGUUUGCAAGUGUGGUUAUCUGUUUCACUUCUUGUAGAUGCUCAAGCUGCAUCUAGUCAGGCCCUUAUUGCAAGUUCUUCUGCAAAAGGUGACUACAGCCGAGUUAAAGAAAUUACUUUCUGUUCUUUAAAGUUAGGACUAUUUACUGGCAUUUCCCUAGCCAUUAUAUUGGGUGUAUCAUUCAGUUCUUUAGCAACUUUGUUUACGAAGGAUGCUGAGGUUCUUGCAAUUGUUAGAACUGGAGUACUGUUUGUUACCGCCAGUCAACCGAUCAAUGCUAUAGCUUAUAUUUUUGAUGGUCUUCAUUAUGGAAUAUCAGACUUUUCAUAUGCUGCUUGGUCCAUGAUGGCGGUCGGUGCACUUUCUUCUGUAUUUAUGCUCUAUUUACCCUCUGUUGUUGGUCUUUCUGGAGUUUGGUCUGGGUUAACUCUUUUCAUGGGUUUGCGGACAGUAGCCGGAUAUAUGAGAUUAGUAUCCAAGAAGGGGCCAUGGUGGUUCCUGCUGGAUGACAUUAAUUAAAUUUUAAAAUAUGCUGAUGUUUUUUUCUUAACCUAUUUGAACUUGCUGGUAUUUCUAACGACUCUUUUCACAUAUAUGUUCAUUAGCUAGUGAUAUUGUUCAUAUAAUAAUUUUCACCUUUAUUCUACUUCUUCUGUACCGAGUUCUCUCUUUUCUCCUCUGUUUCAAUUUAUAAUAUCUUUUCUUUCA